GUCUCUCUGUCCCUUUCUCCCUCUCUCUCUCUGUGUUCAUACAUACGGAGAACUCUAUAUGUAUAUUUUCUAGUUCAUCAAAUUCAUUUUAAAUUCCAUUUCUCCGGUUCUCAAUUUGUAUUCAUUUUUUCAUCAAUUCAUUUUAUCGAUACCCAUAUAGCAGAUUAUUCAUAAACACAUGAUGCAAGAACCGAUUGGUAUACCUGCUUGUUUUUCAUCGAAUGAUAAGGAUUCAGCCACCAUAACAAGAUCAGGUCAAAGUGUUUUCAUGUCAGUAUAUCAAACUAAAGUAGCAGGCCAAUGUCGUCUGAUUACAGUUUCGUGGUGCAAGAAUUUAUUACUCCAUGGUUUAUCAGUUUCCAUUGAAGGACCAAAUGAUGGUGAGACUCAAUACAAUUGUAAAGUUGAGCUUAAACCAUGGUAUUUUUGGAAAAAACACGGUUCCAGUCGAUUUCAAGUCGAAGGUAAAAGCGUUUCAAUCUAUUGGGAUCUUAGAACUGCUAAAUUCAAUGGAGAAACUGAACCACAAUCAGAUUAUUAUGUCGCGGUUGUUUGGGAUAACGAAGCUGUAUUAGUUCUUGGUGAUAGAAAGAAAGAUGCUUAUAGAAAGACAAGUUCAAGACCAGCAUUGAUUGAACCAAUACUAGUCUCGAAAAAAGAACAUAUUUUUGGCAAGAAAAAAUUCUCUACCAGAACUAGAUUUCAUCAGAAAGGUCGAGUGCAUGAGAUUUCUAUCGAGUGCAACAACAACAACAAUAGCUGCAGCGGUAGCAGCAAUAGUAAUAGCAGUGAUAACAGCACUUCUUCUUCGUCGUCUAAUGGUGGUAGCGGUGGAUUUGAACCAGAAAUGGAGAUAAAAAUAGAUGGGAAAUUAGCAAUUCAUGUCAAACAUCUGCAAUGGAAAUUCCGAGGUAAUGAAUCAUUAUCUAUUAGUAAAGUCAGAGUAGAAGUAUAUUGGGAUGUUCAUGAUUGGUUAUUUAGUCCUGGUUUAAGACAUGCAUUAUUCAUAUUCAAACCAACUUCCAUACCAUCAUCAGCAAUUACAUCAUCUCCGCCUUUAAUAUCAUCUUCUUCGUCUACAACAACGCCACUUUCAAUGCAAACACCGGGGCGUUCCGUUUCAGUCAAAGACCCUCAUCGAUACGAUACCAAUAUCGAUAACAACCAAAACAGUUCAUCGGGUUAUUCUUUGUUUCUUUAUGCUUGGAAAGUUGAAUAACAGCAUGAUCGUCGUCAAUUCACAAUGAAAGCCUGCAAAUGGGUUAGUGUUUAAAGUUCAAUUUGUCCAUGGCCACGGAAGAGAGGGCUUGUGCUUGUGGUGAAGAUGAAAAGACGAGGGUGGUGGAUAUCAUGUGUGUGUAGUGGGGCCCACAAAGAGUGUGGAGGAAAGGUUGGUGGUUAAAACAACCACCUUGACAGCUGGUAUUGUUUUAGUAAACUGGUAUGAUUGGGCAGCACAAAUUGGGAUAAUCAAAUCAAAAUAUAUGUAUGAUUGUUUCAAUAAUUCCAUCCAUCUGUAAGAAGAGAUCAAGUUUUUUUACCCCUAAAACCUGAUUUUUGUUUGGGUUUAAGGCUUAUAAAUCUAUUUUGUAUUGUUCUGACCCAUGUGAAUUCCAAAUCGGCAGAAAUGAAUAGAGAGAGAUGAUGAUGAGGUAUGACGAGGUAUGACGAGGUGGCUGAAGGGAGGCGAGGGUUUGUUAGAUAUGUGAUGAGAGCACUAAUUAUAACACCUUGUUUGUAUGUUUAUUUCAAUUAAUGCACAUGAAAUAUUCUUUUUUUCUUUA